AUGACAGACAGCAUGACCAACCUAAUUGGGGCAUUGCCGGAAGCUAGAUCCAGCCAGACUCAACCGACAAUACCGGCCGGUCUAACACCAGAGAUCCAAGAAUGGAUGCAGAGAAUGAUGGAAGCAGAAGUUGCCAGAAGGGUGACAGAAGCAACAGAAAGAGAGGGGCGGAUGAGGGCCCAUCAGGCAGCAAAAAGAGCGGAGGAAGAGGCAGUGGAGUACAGAGGAUUAUGGGAGCAACAGAUCACUACCAAUUCCGGGAUACAAAAGAAUGAUGGAGGAGGAGAGAAGAGAGAUUGA